AGUGGUUCAAAAGUCUCAUUGCCUACUAUCAAAAUCUUCAAAACAUCUACCUCUUAUAAUUCAAACAAUAACGGAUCCGGUUUGACCGUACAAACCAAACAUUCGUCUUCUCCAGAUACGUUUCCCCACCCAAAAGGGAACAAAACAAACAAUUAUUUCUUUACGCCAAACCGCUACGAAGUUUUAAAGGAUAAUGUCGAAUCCAGCGAACCCAUCGAAAUGACCACCGAAUCUGUUCCCCAAACACUUCCACUACCGCCAAUCUUUAUCACAUCAACAAUAGAUUACAGAGAUUUCUGUAACCAAAUAAAAUCUAUUUCUGGCGAUGAAGGAUUCUUAUGCAAAUCUACAUCUAAAAAUCUCAAAUUAUCUUUAUAUUCGUCCAACUCUUUUCGCCAAACAAUCAAAUUGCUAAAUGACAACUCCAUCGAAUAUCACACAUAUCAAGCUAAAGAAGACAAGCCUUAUCGUGUUGUCCUAAAAUACCUCUACCACUCAAUACCUACAGACUACAUCUCACAAGAAUUAACUGAGCUCGGUUUCUCUGUAAGAAAUGUCACAAACAUAAAAAAGAGACAGUCAAAUGUUCUACUACUACUCUUUUUCAUAGAUCUUAAUCCUGAAACCAAUAAUUCGGACAUAUUCAAACUUGAAAUUCUUUGCUACUCUAAAAUCAAGAUUGAAGAACCCCAUACCAGACGUGAUCUCCCCCAAUAUCAUCGGUGCCAAAACUAUGGACAUACUCGUUCAUAUUGUAACCGUAAACCAAGAUGCCUCCGCUGUGAACUAGACCACCUCUCUGACAUGUGUGAUAAAAGCAAAGACCUACCAGCUACUUGUGCUCUAUGCGGUGAAGGUCACCCAUCAAACUAUAAAGGAUGCACGGUCCAUAAACAACUUCAAAAAUCAAGAACCGUACAAAUCGCAGAUCAACGCCUCACGAAGCCUUCAAUCACAGAUGCAACAAAUUCCAUCUCCAAUCAACCAAAAAACUUCGUUCAAGACUCAUCAUCAUCAUUUCAAAACUUAACGGGUAAGUCACUCAGCACCACCACUCACCGGCCUCGUACAUAUUCUGACGUUAGCAAAUCCCCAGUACCUCAAAAUUUCAACCCUACCUCCCCUGAAACUCCACUCUCCACUCAAUUAUCAUCCUUUUUGGCAAAUUUCCAAUUUUUUAUUACACCACUUAUAAGUCUCCUUACCACUCUUAUUAACAAAAUAAUCUCAACAAAAUGAAUACUAAUAAUACAACAAACUCUGCGCUACUUAUACUAACCUGGAAUGCUAAUGGGCUAAAACAACAUAAAAAAGAACUCCUUUUCCUACUCCAAGACAAAAAUAUCGACAUAGCGCUAAUAUCUGAGACUCAUUUUAUCCCGAACUCCUGCAUCAACGUUCAUGGAUAUAAGGGCUACUUUGCCUGUCACCCAGAUGGCUCAUCUCACGCUGGCUUAGCAUUAUAUAUCAAAUCCAAUCUAUCCCAUUACCCUCUACCCCCUUAUAUAUUCCCGCAUAUUCAAGCUUCUGGUGUUUCAAUUAUUACACAUAACAAUAUACCUAUAAAUAUAUCUUCUAUAUAUAGCCCCCCUGGAAUUGGCAUAAACGCAAGCCAGUUCUCAGAUUAUUAUUAGUCACCGAUUUAUUUCAGGUGGAGAUUAUAACGCUAAAAAUCCAAAUUGGGGGAAUCGUUCUCCCAACACUAGAGGUAGAGCGUUACUCAACUGCAUAACCUAUAACAACUUGUAA